AUGCCCUAUUACGACCAGAAUUUUGAUUUCAUAGCCGAGUAUGCAAAGACGGGCCGAUCCCACUGCCGUGCUUGUCAUACCAACAUCCCGGACAAGGCACUCCGACUCGGGCGGAUGGUCCAGAGCCCUCACUUUGAUGGGAAGGCCCCUACCUGGUACCAUGCGAAGUGCUUCUGGAGAGGGAGAUCCCUGCCGGCUUCCAUCUCGGACAUUUAUGGUUUCUCUUCGUUGAAGUUCCCGGACCAGGAGGAGAUCGAAGCACGGCCGAGGUGCUUCAUCGGGAAGCAGUUCUUCAUCCUCGAUCGGACUAAGUGUUAUGGCUUCAACGUGGAAGCCACUGAUUGGCAUCAUGUGAAGUGCUUCCUCCAGCACCAGCUUAGAGGGAUCAACGGUUUAGAUCCUGCUGAUAGGCAAGUACUGCAGGCAGCUAUUGAUGACCGUAAUGGAGUAGCGAAGACACCUCGAGGUCCCAAGCGGCAAGGGACUCUCAAUGCCAAUGUGGGGAAGAAGGGGCGUAGCAGUGUUGCUAGCGGAGCGGAGGAGAGCGUGGCGGCCAGCGGCGUGUCGAAGGCCAGGCUCCGAGAGCAGUCGGAUCGGUUGUUUACAGUGAUGAAGCUCCUCGAGUGCCUCACUCGAUCGGACCUCCUUGAUGAGCUACAGGCUAAUGGUUACUGGAUGAAGAAGGGAGGGGAGGAUGAUCUGCGGCAGAUAGUGGCUGACUGCGUCCUCUUCGGUAUACCGGAUCGAUGCCCUACGUGUAACAGUGGGCGCUUCAGGUUACACGGUGAGAACUAUGAAUGCAGUGGUUGGAUAAGCGCAUAUACCAAGUGCACUGAGACCACGAGGAAGCCGGGCCGGAGCCUCUGGCGGUUCACAGAGGACACCCUUAUGCUGCACCCAGAGCUGUCGCAGUUGAUGCCCUCAAUAGGUGAUCGACUUUUCGCAACUAUGGAGAAAUCAAGGGUGGCCAAGAGGGAGUCUGCAGGUGGACAGGACGAGGUUCAACCUGCUGAAUGGAAUCGUGUGGGCGAUAGGACAAAUACGCCUUUGAAAGGUAUGAUAAUCGGGGCGAUUGGCCGGUUGAGCCACACUCGACCUCAGCUGAAGCAAAUGAUCUCUGAGGGUGGUGGCAAUCUGCGAGACAAGGUUGAUGGAAGAGUUAACUUGGUUAUAUCCACUGUAGCGGAGCUCGAGAAGCAAGCGGACAUAUACGCUAAAGCACGGCGCUCGAGGCUUCCUGUGGUGGAUGAGGCGUUCGUCCUGGACUGCUUGGACCGGAAGGAAACCUUGCCGAUGCAAGGAUAUCUAUGCCAUCCUGAAGAGACGUCUGGCUUCCUCGGUCACAGUGCAGGGCGAAAGAGUGUGGCUUCCACGCCCAGUCGCUUGUCGAAAUACUCAAAGUCGAGUGGGAAGGAGAAGUUGAGAGUGAAAAAUGGUGUGGUCGUACACGACGAGGAGCUCGCUGAGAAAGCACACAUUCUGAUUGAUGGCAACGUGGUGUAUAGUGAGACCCUCUCGAGGACGGAGGCAGCAUCUGGUACGAACAGCUAUUACAUUAUGGAGCUUUACGAGGCCGACCAUGGCACUGGCUAUUGGAUUCACAGGAAGUGGGGGCGUACGGGAAACGAUGCUAUUGGUGGAGAGAAGCGUGAGAAGAUGGCUGAUAAGAAGAAUGCUAUCUCUGCUUUUGAAGGGCUAUUUGAGGAGAAGACAGGGAAUCCCUUUCAUGAGGUUGCCGCCGGUCUGCUGCCUUUCGAAAUGCAUCCUGGCAAGGCGUUCCGAUUGGAUACCAAAAUUGAGAAGGCGCCUAGUGAUGGUCUUACGGAUGGUUCGACCCUCCCGAAGGCUAUUGCUAAUCUGGUCGCACUUAUUUGCGACAUCGAUGCUAUGGAGCAGGAGCUUCGAGAUCUUGACAUUGAUCCGGAUAGGAUGCCUUUGGGUCGGAUCUCACGGAAGGGCCUCACUGCGGCAUUCAGCGUCUUGCAGGACUUGCAAGUGGAGUUGAUGCAGCCUUGUGGGCCACGGAAUCUUAUAUUAGCCGACUUGACCAACCGCUUUUACACUAUGGUGCCACAUAGCAUACCACCGGGUGUGCCUCUGCCAGUACUCGACAAUGAGCAUAUCAUCGAUCAGAAGGUUGAGCUGGUUCAGAGCCUUAUGGACUUGGAGCUCUCUUACAGCGUUGUCUCCGCCCCGAGUGUGAAGGGUGGUGAUCCAAUCCGAGCCAAAUACAAUCAGCUGAAGUGUGGACUCAGCAUGGUCGAUCGGGCCUCGUUGGAAUUUCAACUCAUCGAGGAAUACGUUGUUAAUACCCACGGGCCAACGCAUACUACUUACAAGCUGCAUCUCAUUAACUGCUUCCGAGUUGAUCGGUUUGGAGAGAAUGAGAGGUUCGAACCCUACUCGAAAGAACCUAAUAGGAUGCUACUAUGGCACGGUUCGAGGAUGACCAACUGGGCUGGCAUCCUACCCGAGGGACUGCGUAUAGCCCCACCACAAGCGCCCGUCACGGGUUACAUGUUUGGCAAAGGAGUGUACUUUGCUGAUAUGGUCACCAAAAGUGCCAACUACUGCUUCGCUUCGCUAAGCGCUGAGACUGGGUUAUUGAUGCUAUGUGAAGUGGCGUUGGGGAAGUCGUUGGAGCUCCACGAGGCACUCUUCGUAUACGGCGAUGGCCAAGACAAACCACCCCAGGGAUUCCAAGGUAAGAAGCUUCCAAAGACGUACCGCAGUACCAAAGGUAUCGGUGGUACUUGCCCAGAUCCUGCUAGUAACUACAUCACUCCUGAUGGCUGCAUCGUGCCUCGAGGCAAGCCAGUGAAGAACCCAGCUCAUAGAGCCAACGGCUCCCUCCUUUACAAUGAGUAUGUUGUUUAUGAUGUCUCGCAGAUAAGAUGCAAGUACUUAGUCGAAUGCAAAUUUGAAACUACGGGAACGAUGUGGUGA